UUGCGCGGGCUCGCACUUGAAUCCCUCCUCCUGUCUACUGAAGCACACAUACGAGACAUAUAUACGAGGCAUAUACACAUACGUCUCGCUGCCAUCAUUGGAGAGCUUCCUGCUGAUCAUAUCGCAUUGCCAAUUGUCCAGUGGUGCCGCUCACUCACACUCGCUUUAGCCAUCUGGAAGGACCCCCGUCACGCCUCCCAUCUUCACACACCUCGGUACUGUCCGAGCGUCUCCUCAGCCUGAACAAGCUUACACAGCCCGAAACAAGGGCAGACAAUAUCACCAAUGUACCAAUCACAACGCCAUAGGGCCGGGUCUGUGUCGAGCUUGAGCUCGAACCCGCAGUCUAGGGUCCCCAGGGACCUCAGUACGUCGUCUCUGAUUGAUCUGGACCCGAAGUUCACCAGGGCUUCACGGUCAAAGCAGCAAUUGCACUCGCAUGCUAUGUCGAGCACGCCAUCGAUGGUGUCCUCGAAGUCCCGCGCCAUACCUCGCUCACAGAGCUUCCAGCAGGUGCCGACAAUAGCUGUCAAUGAACAAAGGCUACACCGUGCACAAGGCUCCGGUAAGCUGAGGAAAUCGGAGUCUUUGACCGUGAUUCCAACCACUAGAAGGCCAUCCGUGGAGAGAGUACAAGUCCAGCAGUUUCGAAACCACAACCAGUUCAGCAGCAACGGUGCUUUCCCUCAUAGGCAGCCAUUUCACGGUGAUAACUAUCAACUCCAGCAACAUGGACCACCACAUCAGCAACAAAUACACGAACAACAGCAACAAUCACAGCCGCAGCAGUCACAGCCCUUACGUCGUCAUGCCAAUAGACCAACGCAGUCGUUCAUGUUCCCCAACGGUGAGGUGUACAUUCCAAGGAACAAACAGAGAGGCUCUCUCAGCAAUUUAAACAAGUUGAACACCACAGUGGUGCCGCAAUCGAGAGGACCUUCUUCUGCACCGUCAAUGCUGGCGAGACCGAUGUCCAAUCACAGCUCUUCUGGAGGACACUCAUCGUCAAACUCUUCCUCCACCAUUGUCAGUGACAAUGGUGUGUCGACCACCAGUAAUACCCUCUCCAUUAGAGAUAAUACGCUGACGUUAUCGUUUCCAACCUCGUCGGCCUCACCAUCGCCAUCUCGGACCUCAAGGACCAACUCUAGCCUCGGUGAAAGCACACCGCCAUCCUCUGUCGAUGACUUUACCGUGAACAGCAAUGGCUCAACAAGUGGGUUCAUGGGGAAACCUGGCGACGGCUCCGUUGUAUUGUUACAGAAGAUUGAAGAGCUGAGCUCUACAACCGACGAUACAUUGACCAGGCAGCAUCAGCACAGCGAGCAUAAUAUUAAUACGGACGACAAAAGCAACAGUGCUACACCUGGUGAUGUUGAGAAUACAAAGAGUCCUGUUGACGUGAGAAGAGAGGACAGAUCACAACGGGUUCCUUCUCCACCGCAGAUUCAACUACCUGCUCAAAAGAGGGAGUCUCAGCAACUCAAAGCUUCAAUAGCUCAAGAGAAGCAGCAUGCUACAGCACCGCCAGCAACGUCGCUGCAGAAAAGACACACCAAGGUUGAAGUUGAGAGAAAGCCUUCUGGGUUGAAGAAGUUCCUGUCAAGGAUCUUCUCAUCGAAGAAGAAGAACAAACACGCUACGAACCAAAUACCGAAAUCACCAUUAUCAAGAGUUAUCAAUGACGAUUCGUCCACGAGUGUCUGCAAUGCUCCAGCUGUGGAUAAACAACAAGCAGCAACACCAGCAUUAGAACAUCACCAACACCAAGAACAAGAGCAGGAACAAGUAUUGGUGGUGCAACCACCAAUAAGCGCCGAUAAUGGAAGGACACAUGAAUCUAAUAGCGUUGACGAUACUUUCUCCUUCUUGGAAGGCGAUGAGGACGCUGGAAUCAAUGUUGCACAACUGCCAUUGGACGUUGCUGACGGUGACUUUGACGAUGAUGAUUACAAGAGCGAGCUGAUACUGGACACUCUGUUCUCCAGGCUCUCAGGCACAAGUGACGUGAAGAGCAUCGACUUGAAGAAGAGAGAUAAGGAGCCGCAACAGAAACAAAGAGCUGUGCAGCCUUCAGAUGCGGAUGACGAGGACUACGUCAUGACGUUUGACGAUAUGGAGUUCAUUGAGAAGAUCACAGAGUUUGGUGAAACGUCGUUCCCUGAUUUGGCACAGCCUGACAUGGGGCAAUCGCAUAGGAAGCUGCUGAGAUCCAAAUCUAUCGAAAGACGCAGAUCGAUCAGAUCUAUCAGCUCUUCUUCCAAGUGGUCGACACAGGCAAACACCAACUCGGUGUUUGUUCCUGAGACCGUGCCUCUUGAGCAGAUGACGGUGGUCACAACCAACAGGCUAAAGUCGCCUGUGGAAGGUGACGCCGUGGUGGUGGAGUCGAUUAUGAAACAUGGCAAUGCGCUGGAUAAUAAGGCGGUGAAGUCUGUACAGUUUGACAACAGGGUGUUCGUCAACGUUACGUAUCCCUCCACUGUCUACAACCGUCAUUCCGUGCCUGUCUCAAGCUACAAGCUCGGUCCACAGAUGGUCCAGCACAUCAGACGUGAGCUCAACGAAUUCAAGAGACACAUGGUUGUCCACCAACAGAGCAUCGCAAACACGCACUUCUUCAGACCGUAGGGUUCGUUUACCAUACAAACAAGGCUCAUAUUUAUAUUCCAGCGUGCGUACACGC